UUCAACGGCCUAUAUAGAACGGCCCUCUCGUCGCCCUCAUCUCUUCCUCUCUUCUUUUCCUUCAGCACGCAGGCUUGUCUAAGUUCUUUCACUUCUCUCUUUCCCACAUUCUCUUUUCCCCGGUCUGUGACCGUCACAUUCUUUCCACAAAACUCCAUUCCUUGAAGAAUCAAACCAUCUGGUAUACCGGUAUACCAGAACCCUUACACUAUCUUUAUUUUUUUUCUCUCCUACAAAACCAAAACCUUCCCAACAAAAUGAAGCAGGCUGGUUCCAUCCUCGCCCUCGCCGGGCUCGUCUCCCUGGCCCAGGGUCACGGUUUCGUCACCUCCCCUCGGGCCCGUAUGCCCGGUAGCGCCAUGGAGAAGGCCUGUGGGCAGCAAGUGUACAACAACCAGGAGGCCGACAACUACGGCAACGUGCAGGGUGAGCUCCAGAUCGCCUCGGGCCAAAGCGACUACGACGCCGACGCCUGUGACAUCUGGCUCUGCAAGGGUUACAAGUACGCCGACAACAAGGACAACGUCUACUCGUACAAGGCCGGUGAGACCGUCGAUUUUACCGUCGACAUUCGCGCUCCUCACACCGGUACCGCCAAUGUCUCCGUCGUUGACACUGCCUCCAACACCGUCAUCGGCUCCCCUCUGAUCUACUGGAGCGUUUACGCCUCCACCGCUACCGGUGUCACUGCCAACGAGACUAGCUUCAGCGUCACCAUCCCCGAUGACCUCGGCGAUAAGUGUACCGAGGGCGGUGCUUGUGUUCUUCAGUGGUGGUGGAACGCUGCUUCCAUUGAUCAGACUUAUGAGUCUUGCAUUGACUUUACUGUUGGUGGCUCUGGCUCUUCUUCCUCAUCAUCUUCUUCUUCUUCGUCCUCUUCUUCCGCCGCUGCCAGCCAGCAAACUACUACCACUGCUGCUGCCGCCGCCGCUGUCACUACCCCUAGCACCGCCAACAACGUCGCUCCCGCUUCCUCUAGCGUCCCUACUACCCUCGCUACUAGCGUGAAGCAGAGCGCUACUGUCGCCCCCGUUGCUGCUUCUAGCGCUGCUGCUGCUGCUGCUGCUUCUUCCUCGGGUGUCUCCAUCCCCACUGAUGGUACUGCUGAGGAGCAGCUCACUUGGGUUGCUAGCUUGCUUAAGGCUCUUCUUAAGUACGCUAACUAAAGACGGUGCGGUGUGUAUAGUUACUAGUUGCUGUGUUAGAUAGAGUGGUGGUGUGAAUAGAUGUGCCUGUAUA